GUGAAACGGAAGCCAUUAUUCUCCGGAGGCGAUAGUCGCUUUACACCUAGGCUGUAGAGAGCUCCCCUGCGAUUUCCUCCAGUUGUUGGUGACCUUCCGCCUCCCUGCGGCCGACUGGACCUUCCGUUUGAAUUUCUCGGCCCUCCGGCGGCAGCUUCCGUGACCUCUGCCCCCCACGACGUUACCCUCAGUAGGAUGCCUGCUCGAAGACUCCUAUAAGAACAAGAGAGUAGCUUUCUGAUGCUAGUGCCCUGUUGUUCAGGCAAAUUUAUUAUCAUUCUCACAGGAUGGCAGCUCUUGAUCUCUCUCCCACAAGUGCUAUAUCCAUCCAGGAACCUGCCCAUAUCCAGGAGUCAGAAAUUCCUCUUGCCUCAAAAGACCAUUCUUGUCACCAGAAUAUGGACCUGUUUGCUUGUAAUGGCCUGGAGCUUCAUAUGCCAACUAAUGUCAUUUCCCAGGACUCAGUGACUUUCCAGGAUGUUGCAGUGGACUUUACUGAGAAGGAGUGGCCCUUGUUGGAUUCUUCUCAGAGAAAACUAUAUAAAGAUGUGAUGCUGGAGAACUAUAGCAACCUUGCCUCAGUGGGGUGUCAGGUGGGGAAACCCAGCCUCAUCUUCCACUUGGAGCAAGAAGAGGAGCUGAGAACAGAGGAGAGGGGACUUCCCCAAGGCACAUGUCCCGAUUGGGAGAUUCCUUCUAAAACCAAGUGGUCUAUUCUCAUGGAAGAUAUUUUUGGGGAUGAAACACCUAGUGGUAUGACAAUGGAAAGAACUCAUCUUGGAGAGAAAUCCACUGAAUAUGCUCACCUGUUUGAAGUCUUCAGUAUGGGUGCUCAUCUUACUCAGCAAAUGGGAAGACACACUGGCAGGAGGCCCUAUCACCGCCGGGACUAUGGGGUGGUUUUCAAAAACAGACCACAUCUAACGCAACAUGUGAGCAUUUACAAUGGGAGAAAAAUGCAUGAAUGCCAUCAGUGUCAAAAAGCCUUCACCACAAGUGCUUCUCUUACACGGCACAGGAGAAUACACACUGGGGAGAAACCCUAUGAAUGCAAUGUCUGUGGGAAAGCUUUCAAUGAUCCCUCAGCCCUUAGGAGUCACGCAAGAACUCACCUCACAGAGAAGCCCUUUGAUUGCAGUCAAUGUGGAAAUGCAUUCCGAACCCUCUCCUCCCUAAAGAUACACAUGAGAGUUCACACUGGGGAGAGACCUUACAAGUGUGAUGAAUGUGGGAAGGCAUAUGGCAGGAGCUGCCACCUCAUUGCACACAAAAGAACACAUACUGGAGAGAGACCCUAUGAAUGUCAAGACUGUGGGAAAGCUUUCCAGCAUCCAUCACAUCUCAAAGAGCAUGUCAGGAAUCACACUGGAGAGAAACCCUAUGAGUGCACACAGUGUGGAAAAGCCUUUCGAUGGAAGUCUAACUAUAAUUUGCACAAGAAGAACCACAUGGUAGAGAAAACAUAUGAAUGUAAAGAAUGCGGGAAAUCCUUUGGUGAUCUCUUAUCACGGAGAAAACACAUGCGAAUUCAUAUUGUAAAGAAACCCGUUGAAUGUCGUCAGUGUGGGAAAACAUUCAGAAACCAGUCCAUCCUUAAGACACACAUGAAUUCUCACACUGGAGAGAAACCGUACGGGUGUGAUCUGUGUGGAAAAGCCUUCAGCGCCAGCUCAAACCUAACAGCACACAGGAAAAUACACACUCAAGAGAGACGCUAUGAAUGUGCUGCCUGUGGGAAAGUCUUUGGUGAUUAUUUAUCCCGGAGGAGACACAUGAGCAUUCAUCUUGUAAAGAAACGUGUUGAAUGUAGGCAGUGUGGGAAAACCUUCAGAAACCAGUCAACUCUUAAGACACACAUGAGAAGUCACACAGGAGAGAAGCCUUAUGAGUGUGAUCACUGUGGGAAAGCCUUCAGCAUAGGCUCAAACCUUAAUGUUCACAGGAGAAUACACACUGGGGAGAAGCCCUAUGAAUGCUUGGCUUGUGGAAAAGCCUUCAGUGAUCAUUCAUCUCUUCGGAGUCAUGUUAAAACUCACCGGGGAGAAAAACUCAUAGUGUCAUCAAUGUGGAAAAGGCUCCAAUGAUAGCACCUUCUUUAAGAAACACAAGCGCUUAGACUGGAAGGAAACCUUUUAAGUUUCAGGAAGGCAGGAAAGCCUUUAUUAAUUCAUCUUACUGAGCACAAGGGAAUACAUGUAACUUGAAAGAUAAACAGUUUGUGUAAUGACUGAAAAGACAAGUUUUUUUCUCAUCUCUGAGAAUUAAUGCUGGGGGAGAAAAUGUGUCUCUGUGGUGUGGAAAAGCCAUCAGUGUACAUUUAAGUCUUAACAAAUGUGACAGCUGAGGAAGAGAAACCCUAGCCUGGUACUUAAUGUUAAAAUUACUGUUGUAUCACCUGGCACCUUCUGAGCCUACAAGUAAAGUAAGCACACUAGGGAAACAUGGAAAAGUCGGUAAUGGGUCAGGAAACUACAGCCAGCUGUCUAUGUAUGGUUCUGAAGCUAAGAAUAGUUUACAUUUUUAAGGAAGAAAGUAUGUGACAGAGACUGUGUGGCCCACAAAGAGUAAAAUACUCAUUGUCUGGCCCUUUACAGAAAAAAAUUUGCCAAUUCCUGUUGCAGAGCAGUGGUUAUUGCCAGGGAGUGAAUAUGCUCCCCAGGAGACAUUUGGCAAUUUCUGGCGACAUUUUUGGUUAAAACUGGGGAAGGCAUUACCUUCAUAUAGUUGGAAGACAUCAAGGAUAUUGCUAAAUAGACUACAAUGCAUAGGAGCUCCCCAGAACAAAGAUCUAUGUGCCCUAAAAUGUUAAUAUUGUCAAGGUUGAGAAACCUUGUCCUAGAACAGCUCCUCGAUUUUUAUGAAACUUGAGUACUAGUACUCAUGGUAGGCGAAUUUCUGUUUAACACUUCCAAAAUAUAACCAGUGUAAUUAAUUCUUUCAAGAAAUGCAAGAACCCACACUGCCGGCAAUCCCUAUGUGGAAAUGAUUUCAGCCACAGACCCCUCACAUUGCUUAUGAAAAUUCAUUCACACCUCUAAGGAAUUUUCUAGUGAGUGUGAAAUUGCAUUUGAUGUAUUUCAUCAUGAAAAUAGACACUAGCUCAUAAAUUUUUAGUCUUUAAGGUUAUGCUCUAAAUUACCCUUACACACAUCACAAUAUGUUUGUGUGUAGUGCAGCCGUGGGCAAACUACGGCCUGCAGUCCGGCCUGUUUGAAAUGAAUAAAAUUAAAAAAAAAAAGACUGUACCCUUUUAUGUAAUGAUGUUUACUUUGAAUUUAUAUUAGUUCACACAAACACUCCAUCCAUGCUUUUGUUCCAGCCCUCCGGUCCAGUUUAAGAACCCAUUGUGGCCCUCGAGUCAAAAAGUUUGCCCACCCCUCAUGUAGUAUUUUAAUUAUAAUUUCACUCUUAAGAAUGUGUUAACUUCCUUUUGGAUGAUUAACUUGACCAAUAGACUCUGUAGAAUCUUAGUUACUGUGAGCCGUGGGUAUUUUUUUUUUAAAUAUAUUACUGAUUUUUUACAGAGAGGAAGGGGGAGGGAUAGAGAGUUAGAAACAUCGAUGAGAGAGAAACAUCGAUCAGCUGCCUCCUGCACACUCCCCACUGGGGAUGUGCCUGCAACCAAGGUACAUGCCCUUGACCAGAAUUGAACCUGGGACCCUUGAGUCCGCAGGCCGUUGCUCUAUCUACUGAGCCAAACCGGUUAGGGCACAGUGGGUAUUUUUAGUGCCUGUUUGUUUGAGUAUCUAAAUCAAAUGCAUUGUGAUCAGACUAUGAUGUCUUCAUCAGAUGAGUCCUUGGGAUGUUCCAGUCAACAGUGGCAUAUACUUCUAGUUGCUUCCCUAGUGUCUCAUCUUCCAUAUCAAGAAAACUCAAUUUUUGUCAGAUUAGUAAGGUGUACUAUUUUUAAAAUUUCUUACAAGUUUCCUUACAAUUCAUACAGUCCAUGUUCCACAGCCUGUCCGUUAUCAAAUAAGCAGAUGUUAAUAUACGGGCUUUGAGAAGACUCCUGAAAAAAGGGCCAUUCUUACCUGGAUUCUUCUCCACUUGUUUUUUUUAUUUUUGUUCUUCCCCCCACUUCUCACCGAGCAAGGAGAUCCAGUACCUUGUGUUAAAAGAUCCAUCUUAUGACCAUGAGGAUGCAAGGCACAGGCUAAGAAGGAUCAUGCAGAAAAUUCACAAACGAUUCUGGCCUCCCCAGGGGCUUUAGGUGUCUAUACUAUCCCUGAAUUCACUUUCAGACUUCCUAUUACAUGGAAAAAUAAAACUGAUUAUUGGUUUAAGCUGCUUUGGAUAUUCAUUUUUUUUUUUUUCUAUUAGUUUUCUUAUUGGCAGAGGGAGGGUUCUGCCUCAUCCAGCUAGAUGCUGUCUAACCCAUUCACCUGUGACAGAGACUGUGUGUGGUCCACAAAUGAGUUUUGUAACGGCUACACAUAUGGGUAUAAUCUGCUUAAGCUUUUAACUAUUGGGUAUGGAUUUUUAAGUUCUUCAAGCCAAAUUUUAAAAUUGCAUUUCAUAUCUUUGAUCUACUUAAACAUCUAUUUCCCUUUCUUCUUGUAUUGAAGAACUGUAUUUGUUUUCACAGAAGUGCUAAGUGGGCAUUUACUUUAUCCAGUUUCUUCUUAAGGUGAAGAAAACUCUUUGUAAGUGUCCUAGAGAAAUACAGUACCUUUCUGUCCACACUUUGCAAGUAAAAGGGUGGAUCGUUCCACUACUGACAUAUUUAAAAAAAAAAAAAAGUGCUGAGAAGCAGGUGCCAUUAAUAUUCUUUUGCACGUGGAGAAUUUGAGGCAAGGAAGUUUAGGUGACUUGUCUGAAGCCAACCUGUUAGCAGGUAGGAGUGCUUGUCUUUAAACCCUGGUGUCUGAUUCCAGAGUGUAUAUUCCUGUCAGGCCUUGUUCUAUGCCCCUGGUCUAUAGUGAAUCAAGAUAUUCGCCUUCAGGUUGCUUACAUUCUACUUGGGGUCGAGGCACCUGAUAAAUGAGUAAAUAUAUAUUAUCUCUGAUGGUGGUCAGUGCAUGGAGGAAAAAUUAAGCAUGUGAUGAUGAGAAUGUGGGAUUCAGUGGAGCUGUGGGGUGUAUAGGGAAAGCCUUUUGUGUAAGGUGACAUUUGCGCAGAGAUGUAAAUGAGCUGUAAGUGUGGGCUGUAUUGUGAUGUGGGGAGGAGCACCCUCAACAGCAGUUCAAAGGCCGUGAAAAAAUUUUGUGCUUGGGAUAAGGGGCCAGUGUGAGUGGAGUGGAUCAAACUUGUGAGUUGAAGAUGAUGAGGUCAGAGCUAGAUCAGGGUCCUGAUCAUGGGGACAUCCUGUAGGAUUAACUGGAAGGACUUUGCCUUCAUUCUCAAUAUGGAGGGCUUUGAACAGAGGAUUGGCAAGUGUCCAGUUAAAAGGAUCACAGUGGCUUCUGGGUUGAUAGGCUAAAUAGAGGGACAAGGUAUAAACAGGCCAUUGCAGAAUUUAAGUUACAUAUAAUGGUGGUCAGAUUAGUAGGGGUAGUGGUGGUUUGAGAGUCACAUUAAUGACAAUAGCCCUAGUUUCAUAUUCAUUUUCAGAUUAUGAUUCUGUUAGUAUACCACAAGUUAUUUACCUAUUCUGCUGAUGUGCAGUUAGUUACUGGACUGUUUUCACUUUCCUCAUUAUGAGCAAUGCUGCUUUAAGAAUUUUGUCACAGGUCUUCUGGAGUAUUGGUGAGUUAUUCCAGGAAUGUGAAAUUGCUGGGCUGUAAAGUCUGUGCAUGUUCUGUUUAUUAGUGUAAUGCCAAAGUCAUUUCUAAAUUGUAUAAUGAUAUUUUGUGUAUGUGUGGUAACAUUUAAAACAGAUUUUACUAAAAUGCAGAAAAAUACUUAAUUUGUACAUGUACAACAGCUAAAUUAUCAUGUAUCCAUAUAAUCACGUAUCCUUAAUAUAUGAAGACAUCCAUAUAAUCAGGCAAGAAAAAGUACUACCAGCAUUCCUGAUACCCCUUCUUGCCUCUUUCAACUGACAAACCCUUCCCUACUCUCUGUAGGUGACCAAUAUUCUGACUGACAAUAUGGCUUGGGGUUUUUGUUUCUUACCCCAUACAAAUGGAACCAUACAGUAUAUGUUCUUUUGUAUCUGUCUUAAUUUUCCCUAAUGUUUUUGUGAAAUUGAUGCAUAUCGUUUUGAGUAUCUUUAGCUAGUACAUUUUAUUGUGUUCCCUUGUUUUGAAUAUCCCACAGUUUGUUUAAGCACUUUGUGUUGAUGGGCAGACAUUUUGACUUUUCAGCUUGGGACUAUUAUGAAUAAUGCUGCGAUGAGCAUAUUUUAAUAUUUCUGAUAGUGCACAGUGUAUGUAUUUCUCUUGGGUGUGUACCCUGUAUUGAAAUUGCUGGUCAUAUGUGUUGCAUAUGUUCACUUUUCAUAGAUGAUGCCAAUUUUCCAAAGUGGUUGUGCAAAUUUGCUUUCCAAGAAGCUAUUUUAUUGAAUUACCUGCCUUUUUCUUAUUAUGUAUUCCAGAUGUGAGCCCUGUGGUUGGAUAUAUUUUACAAAUAUUUUCUCCAACUUUGUGGCUUGUCUCUUCAAUGUUUUAACUUGUAUUUUUUUAUGAAAUGAAUUAAUUUUAAUGUCAUCUAAUCUUUAUGGACAGUGCUGUUCUGUUCCAGAGUAUUUGCCCACCCCGAAGGCAAGAAGAUAUUCUACAUUUUUUUUCUACAAGUCCUAUUGUUUCAAUAUGUACAUUUAGAUCUAGCGUUCACCUAGAAUUGAUUUUUGUGUAUUUUUCCCACAUUGAUCCAGAUCAUUUAUUUUAAAAGUACAUCUUUACCCCAAGUUCAUCUCCUUUUGAGAUACCACCUUUGUCAUAUACUGAGUUUUAUGUGUUUUUAGCCUAAUUCUGAACUUUAUUUUUUUUUGACACAAUGUUUAAAUUAUAAGAAGCUUUAUAAUAAGUUUUAAUGUCUAUGUGAACUGGUUUCCCCCUCACGGUUUUUCUUUUUCAGUGUUUCCCUAGGUAUUCUUGCCCUUUUGUAUAUGCACUUUCCUAUUGUCCAACUCCACAAAAUUAUCUUGUUGGUAUUUUUAUUGGCAUUGCCUUGAAUUUAUAAGUUCACUUGGAGAGAACUAACAUCUCUAUUUUGUUAAAUCGUCUUAUCCAAAAACAAGGGGAUGUCUUUUCAUUUUAGUGUUUGUCAGGAAUGUUUUUAAAAAUCUACUUAAGUGUUUGUCAGGAUGUUUAAAAAUUUUCCUUGUACAAGUUUUCCUUAUAACAAAUUUUUGUUGUUUCCCCUAAAUAUUUAAUUCUUUAUUUAAAUGAGAUUUUUCUAUACCAUUAUGACUUUAUAGUUUCUGUAUAUGAAAGCUACUGAUUUUGUAUCUUAAUUUUAUAACUUGCUAUUGACUGAAUUUUUUUUACUUUUUAAGUUUUAUUAUUGCUUUUUUGGAGUUUUCCAGACAUAAUACUGUGUCAUCUGUAAAUUAUGAUAGCUUUAUUUGUUUACCAAUUCUUAUGCCUUUGAUUGUUUUUGUUUGUCUAAUUGCAUUGGCUAAUACCUCUAGUGCAGUGAUAAGUAGUAGCAGAAAUAGUGGGCAUUCUUACCUUGUUCUAGGGGUAAGGUCCCUUUUGUUUUUCCAUUAAUUAAGAUAAUGUUUUAGAGUAAAUAUUUAUUUUAUCAUAUUUAGAAGGUACAUUAUACUCUUGGAAGUUUACCAUGAAUGGGUGGUGAAUUUUGUCAAAGUUUUUCUGAUUUAUUAAUACUAGUAUAUGAUAUUAAUAAAUUUCUUAGCAUUCAAAAA